AUGGCGGCCGUCAAGUCCAAAGUUUCUAAGCCCGGCCCGAAUAAGACAAAUUCAAGCACGGGCAGAGAGGUGUGGCUCUAUUCUUUACUACUCAUACUGCAGUACGGAGUUCAACCUCUGAUCUCCAGACGUUUCACCAGUCGAGAAGUAAUCGUGACUUCAUUGGUUUUGGCGUGUGAGAUGACAAAGGUCAUUUGUGCCCUCCUCCUCAUGGCAAAAGAUGGUACUUUGAAAAAGCUGUUCAAAGAGUGGACUUUGAUUGGCUCUUUGACUGCAUCAGGGCUGCCAGCAGCCAUCUAUGCACUGCAAAACAGCUUGUUGCAGAUUGCAUAUAGAAAUCUUGAUUCACUCACAUUUUCGAUGCUGAACCAGACAAAAAUAAUUUUCACAGCUUUGUUUACUUAUAUAAUAUUAAGGCAGAAGCAGUCAAUUCAACAAGACGGGGCACUUUUAUUAUUAAUAAUUGCUGCCAUCCUUCUAAGCAUUGGUGAAGUGGUGUCACCUUUAGCCAAGUACAAAUUGGUGUUUCUCGGCGAUCAAUCGGUUGGGAAAACAAGCAUCAUUACUCGUUUUAUGUAUGAUAAAUUCGACACCACUUAUCAGGCUACUAUUGGCAUUGAUUUUUUGUCAAAAACAAUGUACCUUGAAGAUCGAACAGUUCGCUUGCAGCUUUGGGAUACUGCUGGUCAGGAGAGAUUUAGGAGUCUUAUUCCAAGCUACAUUAGGGAUUCUUCUGUGGCAGUGAUUGUGUAUGAUGUUGCUAAUCGACAGUCAUUUCUGAACACUUCAAAGUGGAUAGAGGAAGUACAUACAGAACGAGGAAGCGAUGUCAUUGUUGUUCUUGUAGGGAAUAAAACUGAUCUUGUAGACAAAAGGCAAGUUUCAAUUGAGGAAGGAGAUACUAGGGCUCGUGAAUUUGGCAUCAUGUUUAUAGAAACAAGUGCUAAAGCUGGUUUUAAUAUAAAGCCUUUGUUCAGGAAAAUAGCUGCAGCUUUGCCAGGAAUGGAAACUCUUUCCUCCACGAAACAGGAAGAUAUGGUCGAUGUGAAUUUGAAACCAUCUACGAAUACAUCCCAGACGGAGCAACAAGGAGGUGGCUGCGCGUGCUAG